AUGAGCGACCUCCGUCAUGUUGCCAUCUUCUGGGAUUAUGAGAAUUGCUCCCCACCCUGCGCCAUAUCAGGCUUCGACAUUGUCGACAACAUCCGCGACAUUGCCCAUCAAUAUGGCAGUGUGAAACUCUUCAAGGCCUAUCUCGCGCUGUCCGAACAGGCAUCUUCCAAGUCCAUAAUCGGCAUGCGCUCUGAGCUGCAGUCGUGUGGCGUCUCGUUGACGGACUGUCCUCACAACGGGAAGAAGGAGCGUCUUGACCGCUCCUUCCACUGUCCAGUCGAUAUGCUCACAUACGCUAUUGACACACCCGCGCCCGCCACCAUUCUACUUAUUUCUGGCGAUCGGGAUUUCGUCUACGCCGUAUCCGUCUUACGACUACGGAAAUAUAACGUCGUCCUAGUGGCACCCAACUCGAGCCAUAGCAGCCUCAGAGUACAGGCAUCCGUCGUUCUCGAUUGGGAUUCGGACGUACUAGGCAAGAGCACGAAUGGAAACCAAAGGUCCGCUAGCACUGAUGCAGCAACUCAUCCCAAUGUCGGCCCCAAUACACACCGGCGAAGCCAGUCGUCGCUCUCCAUUCUCGAAACGACCCCUCAGACUCCACAGAGGCAGCGCGGCCAUUCCUUCCGUGGAACGUUAAGUACUCCCGUAGUGGAGUCUCCGCAGACUAUGGGUGCAAGCCCAAGACUUCAGACCAAACUUCCACCAGAUGCCGGACACAGCCUGCCACCAACCUCCCACUUGACUCCCUUGGAUAAGUCUGCUAUUUCCCCGGUCCCUGAAAGCUCUGUCGUUAUUCCAGCUUCGACCUCAGGACAAUCGGCGAUCGACGAUAGCGGCCCGAUUGCGGAUCUUAAUAUGCAUUUGCGGACUUUAGGAAAUACUUCCGCACCCGACAGCUCUCUUCAUCCCAAGCUGACCAUCUCUACUCCUGCGGACGCAGUAUUCAAACCGAUGAUUCACAGCUCAACCCCUGCCCCCCGAGAAGUCCGGACAGUUGCCACACCCAACACCCCCAGUCCUCAUAUGUCCAGUUCCCCUCUGUCAGCGAACAGCUCCGGCCCUACCACGCCUGCAGACACAGCUCAAAUACAAGUAUCGAUUAAUGGGCAGAAGGCAGUCGUUCCUCUGAUCAACGCGACCGACAAUCGACAGUGCAGUUCUGAGUUCCCUCCUAGGUGUAUAGCUACUGGUGUGUCUGUGAAGUGUGGGCCCGGACAAAGAGCAGCAGAGGGGGCCCUUGCAGACAGCGGAAUAUCGGGUUUCGCUCAGUCUACUGUAGUAGCACCCGCUGCAAAGACCGUCCCGACCGCGUCUGAAUCACGCACGAUAUCUGCCCCGCAAGAUGUGACGGACAAGCUUCCGCUAGUACCUCCGCCGCCCAUAGGUGCAUCGGGGAUAAUACGGUACGGUCUUCCUACUAUUGGCAAGCCAAGCCCUCCUGUCAUCGCUCGGCCACCAACUACGAUCUCAUAUACCAUUCCUCCCGAGUACAGCACCUUGAUCCACCUAUUGGAGCAUCAUCGGGUACGCGGCAUCGAGAGGCCAAUACGCAGUGUGAUUGCUUGUGCACUCGUGGAGCGUGAUCGAAAUGCAUACACUAUGGUGGGUGUUCAGCGAUGGAGAGAGUACGCCGAAUCUGCUGUGAGAGCGGGCAUCAUCACUCUCGGCGGAGUACAAGGGGAGGCUUGGGUAUCGCUGACACCAGCCUGGCACAAUAAGGUCGCAGUUCCCGGACAAUAA